AUGGCACAAGAGAUUGACUGGUUACACAGUCAAACCGGCCUUUGCAAAGUAGACCUCUAUAGCCCAGAGGGGCCAAGCGACCGCGACCGCAAAGUCAUCUGUUUCGUUGAUGUUGCCAGUCUUAAUAUAAAAGACAAAAAGAAGAGAGUACCUUGCCCACCAGACCCUUCCCUUGAUCUGCGUAAUCUUGAAGAACAGGAAGUCAUCGUAAUAAAAGACAACGAGAGAGAUAACCACAGUAAUUCCGAAGGAGCAGUCUGCCUUUUCAAACAAGGGUCCUCUGACGAAGUCAACGUUGUCAGCUGGCUCAGCAACGACCUUCAGAAAUACGCAGUUGGGUUCCAGCAUGCACUAACCCCCUCAGGCCCUCAUAAAUCAGCAUACGAUUCGCCUAAACGCAACAAGAUGUCCCAAAGCAGCGACACAGCCUUCCGGGGCUCCGGUAACCAGAGAGGAGAUGAUCUUUCAUAUUACGUUAACAAGUUGUGUUCUUUAGUGGUUCAAAUGGCACAUAAAGAAAUGAAGGAUAAAUUUGAAAGCAGUGGUAAAUGUAUUCGGCAGUCAAUUCGUGGAUCUGGUGGAAGGGGGGAAUUAUCCCCUAAGUCAUCCCAUGAUGAUCCCAGAAAAGCAUCACUCUUUUAUGGAGAAAUGAACCAAUGUAAUCAGAAUGCCUACAGGCCAGGGGGAUCAGACAGACAAAUGAGUGAAAGGAAACCGCCUGGACAAGAUGAUGCCUCCGUAAGCAAAGGACUGAUGGUCUAUGCAAACCAGGUUGCAUCUGAUAUGAUGUUUUCAUUCAUGAAAACUAUGAAAGUUCAAAAAGGCAAGCAUCCCCCACCAGCAUGUGUGGUGUUGAAGAAAGUACUCCUGAAACAUACCAGAGAUGUAAUCUCUGACUUAAUUGACUCCACCAUGAAGAACCUUCACAACGUCACAGGAGUACUCAUGACUGACUCAGACUUUGUGAACACCGUAAAGAAGAACCUGUUCAAUGCAGGAACACAGAAGUCAACUGAAAUCCUGGAAGCAAUGGUGAAACGCUUAUUCAAAGCACUGGCAGGGGAUGAUAAAAAAUCUCAUAGCCUAGCCUUCGCAGCACUGAAAGCAGGUGCUCAAACAGACUCCAGAAUGCAGGGACUCCAGUUUGCAUCACUUAAAAGCGAAAUGCGUGGAGGCUGCGGCAAAGGAAAUGGACCAUACAAGCCCCUUCCAUCUGGAAGCAAAGGUGCAGACAAGCACUGUUCAAUGGACGUGUAUGCUAAAGACCUUAUUAUAACAGCAUUAAUGUUAAUCCAGCAACACCUCCUAGAAAAAAACAAGGAACAAGCAAUGCGUGAGACACAAACUACAUCAUUUGGCUAUGUCCAUGACAGAUCUGGCAAGUUCAACAACGCAAGGCAGCAAGGAGGGGGCAGGAUGGAUCACUUGGAAUCCCAAAAAGGUGACAUUUCAAGUAUCCUGCUGUCCAUCAUCCAGAAAGUACUUAGAGAAGCCGGUUUUGCAGAUGAGAGCACCAGUGACAGGGGUUAUAAAAUACAGCCUACUUUUGUAGACAGCAGACCUCAAAGAGGCUCAUCAAAAUCACACGGGGGAGCAGAUUAUGACAUGGAACAGAUAAACAAGCAGUUUAUUGACCAACUGGUGGAAUCUGUGAUGAAGUUGUGCAUGUUGAUGGCUAACGGCAGUGACUCUGACGGGAGAUAUGGCAGGCCAUUAGUUGGUUCAGGCUCUGAAGUUAUUGUUAAUAAUCAGAACUGCAACAACAGCGCCCAAAACAGAGAGCUGCAAGCUGUGCUCCAAUGGCUGGUUGCUUCACAAUUCAAUGUGCCAAACCUGACAUUCAUGAACGAGCAAGAUGGGGAAUUGUCUAAACUCCCUCAGCUGGCUGAUAAAGCAUCCAAGAAGGGAUACAGCGUGGGAGACAUCGUUCAGGAGAUAAUGAAGUACUACGAGAAACAGCAAACGGAUGCCAUGUCGGGACGCAUGCCUCGGUGUGGACUGGUCGAUUACUUGCUUGCUAACCUGUAA